GCAUGAUACAAAGCGGAGUCUCGUAUCUCUCGUAUGCUUACAUAUAUCAGCUAUAUUGACAAGAACUUUUUGAAGGAUAUUGGUGUUGAUUGUUGAGAUGGUUACACUGAAAAUCGUUCACCCACUGGUCAGGUGUAAUUGCUUUUCACCAGUUGCUUCAAUCAAUUUAUUAGACAAAGACAAUGAUUGCUUUUUGUUUUUCUCUCCAGGUAACUGAGACCAGGACCGGGCCUUUGGGUUGCAGUAACUAUGACAACCUCGACUCUGUCAGCUCUGUUCUGGUUCACAGCCAGGAGAACAAAGUUCAGUUGCAAGGACUUCAGGCUAUUCUGCCUAGUUAUUUAAGUAGCAGCUUUGUUCAGGCUGCCUUAGGCUACAUAGGCUGCAAUGCUGAAGGCCAAUUUGUGUGCAAAGACAAUGACUGCUGGUGCCAAUGCAGUAAGGAGUUUCCCCAGUGUAACUGCCCUGAGGCUGAUAUUCUCUCCCAGGAAAGCUACCUGGAGCGCAUGAGGGAGGCCUGGAGGCAGGAGAACCAGGAAUUUCAAGAUUCAGAUGAGUUCCAGAGCUUCAUGGGUAAAUUACCAACACAGAGUGCUCUAAAUUCAUCAAGAAUCCUGCAAUUGUGGAGAACAGACAGUGCUCUACAGCAACGCUACAGGCAGCUAGAAAGCCGCGUUAGCCUCCUGCUCUCCAAGACCCGACGAACUGCUAACAAGCUCUUCAACCUCAGCAAGAGAUGCCGCAUGCAGCCCAAAAUAGUGUCUCUAAGGGAGAGGCCCUUGGGCUACUGGCUACAGUUCACCCUGUCCAUCCUGUACUGCAGUGAGAAUAACCAACUGGGAUUUUACGCAGAGGAAUUACGGACUUGUGCCUGUCCGUACGAGAACCCCCCAUGCCAGGGUGUUGUCCCUUGCGAAGUGGGUGACGGCCACCGUUGCGCUUCUUGCUCCAUGGACAACCGCACCCGCUGCUCCAGUUGCAACCCAGGUUACGUUCUCAGUCAUGGAGUUUGUAAAUAUGCUGUACCCAACCCCACAGACCACUACCUGGGCUUUGAGACGGACCUACAAGACCUGGAGCUACGCUACCUACUGCAACACCGAGACGGCCGCAUCACUACCCAUGCAAUCUUCGUCAGCAAUGACGUGCGCCUCAACGUUUGGUUUGACCCUUCUUGGAGAAAGAGGAUGUUGCUUACACUAAAGAGCAACAAGUUCAAAUCCAACCGUGUCCAUAUGCUCCUGGGCAUCUCGCUGCAGAUCUGCAUGACCAAGAACUCCACCUUAGAGCCUGGGCUGUCAGUCUACGUCAACCCUUUUGGAGGUAGCCACUCAGAAAGCUGGACUAUGCCCAUCAAUCAAAAUGGCUACCCGGACUGGGAGAAAACCAAGCUGGACAUUCCUUUGGAUUGCUUCAAUUGGACCUUGACUUUAGGCAACCGGUGGAAGAGCUUUUUUGAGACUGUUCACUUCUACCUAAGGAGCCGCAUUCGGACCGAGUCCUCUCAGGGGAAUGAUACGGUCUACUUCGAGCCUCUAGAAGCUAUGGAUUCCUCUCAGAACUUUGGAUACAUGAAGAUCAACAGCAUGCAGCUGUUUGGUUACAGUAUGCACUUUGACCCCGAAGCUAUCCAGGACCUGAUCCUACAGUUGGACUAUCCGUACACUCAGGGAUCUCAAGACUCUGCCCUGCUGCAGCUAAUGGAGAUCCGAUAUCGGGUCAAUAGACUCUCUCCUCCUGGACCACUGCCAUUAGAUUUGUUCUCCUGCCUACUCCGACAUAGGCUCAAACUCUCCAGCUCCGAGGUACAGAGAAUACUCACCACACUGCAGACUUUUAGUGCCAAACAGCCAUUCUACAAAGAGUACGAAGCUGCGAAACUUUGUAGUUAGAAAGCAAUUUAUUUUUGCCCUUGAUGUUUUGCUUUACUUGCUGAGAAGUUAAUUUAACUGUUGCUGUUUGAUACGAAGUCAUUACUGUUCAUAGACAUGGUAUAUAUUUGAUGUCUUUGGUUCAAAUGGUAGUUCAGAUUAAACAAAGUUUUGCACAAUUUUAUCAAUUCUGCCAUGUUUGAAUUAAAUAAAACAUGCACAAAAAAAAAAGACCUAGUUAAAAAAAAUAAUAAAUUAAUAAAGCAAUUCUAA